UUUUGUCACAGAUCACUGAUAACGUUGAAAAUGGGUUUUUAGGUUUUGUUGUUUUUGUCUUCUUUAUUUUUACUAUACAUUUGGUGUUGCUACAAAAACCACAACAAAAAAUCUAAUCUUUUUUUUUUUCGUUGGGGCGAUUAUUUGUGACUGUUGUUAUUACUGCCAAAAGCAAAGGCAACAACAAAUUAUUAUUCCAAGCUAUAGAUUUUGAAGGGUAUCAUCUAAAGCCAUCUGUGACAAUGUUAGUCUCACAAUUUACUUGGAAUCGUACGUUGCUUGUGGCCGCUGUACGGAAACUAAUUUCAUUUUCUGAUUUCAAAAAUAUGCAUGUGCUCAAGGAAGGCGUCUUGGUGGGUUGCGGCAAUCCCUUGCUGGAUAUUUCAGCUAAUGUUGGCGAUGAUUUACUUAAGAAAUAUGACAUGAAACCGAACGAUGCCAUUUUGGCCGAGGAGAAACACAUGCCUCUCUACAAGGAACUUAUCGAAAAGUACAAGGCCGAGUAUAUUGCUGGGGGUUCAGUGCAAAAUUCUUUGCGUGUAUGCCAAUGGAUUUUACAAAAACCCAAAGUGGCUACAUUCUUUGGCUGUGUUGGCAGUGAUAAUUAUGCCAAAAUAUUGGAAGAGAAUGCAACUAAAGACGGCUUAAAUGUUAGAUACCAAUAUAAUCAAGAAGUCCCAACGGGUACAUGUGCAGUUUUGGUUACUGGAACUCAUCGUUCGUUGUGUGCUAAUCUGGCGGCUGCCAACAACUUCACUUUGGAGCAUUUGCAAAUACCAGAGAAUAAAAAAUUGAUGGAGGCUGCAGAUUAUUAUUAUAUAUCGGGUUUCUUCCUUACCGUCAGUCCACCAAGUAUCAUGGAGGUUGCACGUCAUGCACACAGCCAUAAUCGUAUGUUCAUUAUGAAUUUGAGCGCUCCAUUCCUAUCACAAUUCUUUAAGGAACCCAUGAUGGCUGCCUUGCCAUAUGUUGAUAUACUCUUUGGAAACGAACAGGAGGUUGAAACUUUCGCCAAUGAACAAGGCUGGGAGACUAAGGAUAUUAAAGAGAUUGGCCGUAAAAUGGUAGCUCUGCCUAAAGAGAAUACACAACGUAAACGCAUUGUUAUCAUUACCCAAGGCCAUUUGCCUGUACUUCUGUUUAAAGAUGGCAAAAUUUCGGAGUUCGAGGUACCCCAGUUAUCGCGUGAACAAAUGGUCGAUACUAAUGGAGCUGGCGAUGCUUUUGUCGGUGGCUUUUUGGCUCAAUACGUUCAAAAGAAAUCGCUCGAUGUGUGUAUACGCUGUGGUAUUUGGGCAGCUGGACAGAUUAUUCAACGCAGCGGUUGUACCUUUGAGGGUAAACCAACUUUUGAAGAGUGAUAAUAAUUAAAAAAAAACCAAGUACAAACAAAACCCCUCCAACAGAAAUUAAUUCUGUUUUCAACUUAAUUAAAAUAGAUGAUCUUUUUGUAUAAAAUUAAGUAUGUAAUAAAAAUCGAUGUUUUGCUCUUUUA